AUGUCAUCUGUACUGGACGCUGAACGCGCCCCCAAAAAGAGGAAGCUUGACAGCAAGAAUACUAUCAAGGUUGGCAACAAAGUCAUUUCUCUCGAGGGAUAUCUCAACCCCCCAGCAAAGAAAAAAGAAGCAGAAGUUCAGCAACGUCCAUCAGAAGAGCUGCGGUCUGUUCAGGAUACAGAAAAUGAUGCCACGUCAGACGCAUUAGUCAAAGAUUCAAAGGAUUCGCACCAAACAGCUCCGACCUUCAUCAGGCAUUCGUCGAAAACAUCCCAGGAUCGAGACAGGCCAAAAUUUGACAAAAGAGGCCCGAGAUGGAGAGAAGAUCCUGCCUUAUUGAAGAUCAGGCAGAAGUUACCCAUCUGGGCACACCGGGAGGAGAUACAAGCUCUUGUACGCCAAGAUGAUGUACUCCUUCUUGUUGGAGAAACUGGUUCCGGAAAAAGUACUCAGGUACCUCAGUUUUUGGUCAGGGAGCCGUGGUGUAGGAGACAAACUGUCAGUAUCCCAGAGGCAAGAGAAGUCAGUGUUGGUGGCAUGAUUGCAGUCACUCAACCACGUCGAGUUGCCGCCACGACUUUGGCGCAUCGAGUUUCCCGCGAAGCAGGGACGCCUCUCGGUGAGAGCCGCGACGGACUAGUUGGAUACUCAGUUCGUUUCGAUCACCAGGUCCCAAAGGGCACGAAGAUCAAGUUCCUCACCGAAGGUAUGCUUCUUCAAGAGCUUCUAAGAGAUCCAGAUUUGAAGCAAUAUAGCGCCGUGGUCGUCGACGAAAUACACGAGAGAAGUGUUGACGUGGAUCUGGUUUCCGGAUUCCUAAAGCAAAUCCUACUUGGUAGCCGGAAAGGCCGCGGCGGCAUACCACUGAAGGUCAUUAUCAUGAGUGCCACAGCCGAUGUUGAGCGGAUUCAAAGUUUCUUCUCUGUGCAUGGCCCUGAGGGAAAAAGCGGUAGUGACGACUUGGUCAACAAGAAAAGCAACUCUGUUGGAGUACUGAAAAUCCAGGGCCGGCAGUACCCGGUCAAGACGAUACAUACUCCCCAACCGGUGCCGGAUAUCCAGGAAUCUUUGUUGAAGACGAUUUUCAAAAUCCACAUGGAAGAGCCGCUUCCUGGCGACAUUCUUGCUUUCCUGACCGGACAAGAGGAAAUCGAAUCCACGCAGUCGCUCCUCGAGGAGUACGCCGCAACGUUAGCCUCCAACGUUCCCAAGAUCAAGGUUCUACCCUUGUACGGCCAGCUUUCAAUGGAAGGACAACACGCAGCUUUCCAGCCUGUCAAGGGAGGUUUCACGCGGAAAAUUGUGCUGGCUACCAAUAUUGCUGAGACGUCCGUCACCGUACCCGGUGUACGUUACGUGGUGGACGGCGGCAAGGCCAAGGUUAAGCAAUUCCGCGCUCGCCUCGGUAUGGAAUCAUUACUAGCAAAACCUAUCUCCAGGUCUUCCGCUAUCCAGCGAACAGGCCGUGCUGGUCGUGAAGGCCCUGGCAAGUGCUUCAGGCUAUACACUGAAGGUACAUUUAGCACACUCGAGGAAACAGACUUGCCAGAGAUUCUCAGGAUUGAUGUUCUGGGAGCUGUCUUGACGAUGAAAGCGCGAGGUAUUGAUGACAUUCUUGGGUUUCCCCUUAUGGACACCCCGGAUGUGGAAGCCAUCGAACGAGCACUAGUCAGCCUUCAUGGACUAGGUGCUUUGGCAGACGACGGCACGAUCACUGAGGCAGGCCGCAAGAUGGCCGGAUUUCCCAUCUCUGCGGCGUUUGGUGCAGUCCUGCUUGCCUCCGCCAAGCCAGAAUUUGACUGCGUCCUAGAGACGAUAGACGUCAUCUCCUGCAUCACGUCUGGCGACGACAUCUUCCAUCAGCUACAGUCGGAAGAACAACGCGAAGAAAUUGAAGAACUUCGCAAGGAGCUCUACCGCCGGGAAGGCGACAUCCUAACAUAUCUUACCACAAUGCAACAAUACGCCGCCGAGAACGCCGAUCGUAUACAGUGGUGCAAGCAGAGAAAGGUCAACAUUCGCAACAUGAAGACUGCGCUCAACAUCCGCAGACAACUACGCAGCCUCUGUCUCAAAGAAGGUCUCCUCACAGAGGCUCCACCGCCUGACCCCCAGCCCUUUACUCCUCUGGCUCCGGAACAGGCCGAAGCUCUGCUCAAGUGUUUCCUCCGCGGCUUCGUGUCCAAGACAGCCAUAUUGGCACCAGAUGCGAGCUACGUCACGUCACAAGGCAAGCAUGUUGUGGCCAUUCACCCGUCUAGCGUGCUACACGGACAGAAGAAGGAGGCCAUCAUGUUCCUUGAGCAUGUCUUCACGCAGAAGAAUUAUGCCAAGAAAGUAAGCAUCAUCCAAGCCGACUGGAUUGUCGAGGCAUUUGAGGGGCACUGA